ACAUGUGACAUAAUGGCGGGAUCGGAUGAAAACUGUGGAGUUUUUCCAGAUUUGCGUCACCAAUUUUUACGAGGACUAAUUCAACAUGAAAACUGGCAGAGAACUCGGCAUUACUUGAAAUCGGCUGCAGAGUGUACGUCACGCGCAAUAGUAUCCAUAGAGCUGAGUUCACAACCGAUCAAAUCACCACGCCAGGCCCAAAGAUUAGAGAGCAUUGGGGGAGAGACCGUUAAAAGACUGAAGAAAUCCAUGGAAGAAAAUCGUUUUCCCUGCACCCCUCCUGUGUGUGGGAGAUUUGUCAGUUCUGCUGGCGCCCUGCUGAUGGCACUGAAGACAGAAGCAGAUCAGAACAAAGACAGCAGGGGUAAGGAUGAUGUCCAUUUUGUUUCGGAGGAACGCCUAAAGGCCAGAGCAAAUAAACUGUGUGAGGAGGAAUUCAAUGACAACGGAUUCUGCCAGGCAUGGUGGAGAAUUGAGGUUCUCGUCAAACGAGGUUUCGUCAAGCGCAAGUUCUACAAAAAGACACCCGUCUAUUAUCUCCUACCAGAAGGAAGAGAGGUGGUACAAAGACUUCUAGACAAUCACCGAGGCAGUGGAAACAGUAUUCCAGUAUAUAGGAAGACCUCGGGACUCUCACCGGUCACGUCCGACAGGUCCGGUGGAAACAGUAUUCCAGUACAUAGGAAGACCUCAGGACUCUCACCAGUCAUGUCAGACAGGUCCAGUGGAACCAGUAGAUACACUGUCCCUGUGUGGAAGGAAUCUGUAGAAUUCCGUCCCCCUGAGAGGGCCAGCGAGACAUUCAUUGAUAUAACUGACCACACCAAAGACAGAAUGAAAUCAGGGGGUAACCUCAUCGACAAUCAAGAUGCCACUAGUCAGAGCUCAAGUAGAACAGAUCACAACUGCAAGCAGUCGGGGUUGUCUUUGUUACCAUGGCAGUGUGAUCAGACAGGGUCAGAUUAUCGCCAUGGAAAUGACACUGGAAAUGACGGAUUAUUAUUGCUGGUCGAUACAUCAGAGUGGGGAGGUGAACCAGGAAAUUUGAUUCAGCUAGGUGAGAUGUUGGACAAUGUGGGAAUGACAUACCAAACCAAAAAGCUGACCACAGGCGACUAUAGCUGGAGAUGGCGUUACCAUGGAGAGGAGAGGGUACUGCCUUGUCUGGUGGAAAGAAAAAGGGCAGAUGACCUUGCCAGAACACUGAAAGAGGGCAGAUUCUGGAGUCAAGUCCAGAAAAUGGCCGACUGGAAGGAAAAAUUCACGACCUCUGACCUUCCAUGUGAACUGUUUUAUGUCGUAGAAGGCAAACCAGAUCAGUACGUUGUCAACUGUAAGGACGGAUGUCAGGGAGUGGGCAUGUGCAAGAACCCAAGUCUGAUUCAAGUCAAGACUGCAAUAAAAGACCUGAGCAGUCAUCCAGAUAUCCAGGUUCUACACUCCGACAGCGUAGAGGAAACUGUGGCCAUACUGGAGUCCAUUACCGUGGAUUUGGAUCAAAAAGUAAAGGCAGGGAAGUUUGACCUGAUGUUGGAGUUGGAAUGGGAGAGAUGUAGAGGGAACCAGAAUCCGUGUGUGGUCACGGUAGACGACAGUGACGAGGAAGAUCCUCAAUCUGUCAUCAAAAGUAGCAGAGUUUCUUCCACUGCCAAGACUGAGCCCAUUCUCUCAGGAAAAAGUGUCCAAGACGAAACCCUCAAAAAGCCAUCAGGCAGUGUGGUUUGUGGAUUACACUCACGUGCUGGUCAAUUUGACAAAAUCUUGAGGGCUUCACCACCUCAAAACAAUGAAUAUGGUUUUAACAGCAAUAUGCAUUAUGAAAAGCAGGACUUUGAUGUACAUGUAAUUGCUGAUAAGUGUGUUGAUGACAAUGAUGGGGAUAUGAAUGACCCAGACUGGCUCCCAGAUUUAACCUGUAGCGCAGAGCAACGUGAUAAAAACUGGGAGCCAAUCCCAAACUUAACUGGUAGCCCAGCACAAUGUUGUAAAAACUGGGAGUCAAUCCCAAACUUAUUCAGUAGCACAGAACAAUGUCAUAAAAAAUGGGAGUCGAUUCCAAGCUACAGUGACGACUUGAGUGGAAAGGACAAAUGUUCGAAUCUUCCGAGACAUUAUCAAAAAAAUCAGAAAAGGAAAAUUGUAGGUGUCCAGAAUGAGACAGACUUGCUUAGUAGAAAUACACAGCUGUCGAAAAGAGAAAGAAAAACAAAAUUUGAAGAGAGAGACAGACUUUUUGGUUUACACAAUGAUUCAUAUGGCUGUGUAGAUGUUGACGGUGAUUUCACAACUUCAGAGAAUAUUUCACCAAGAAAUUUAGAUCGGAAUCGGAGAUCCAUCAACUCCAAGGAAAAAUGGAUGGUAGCUGACAACAGCUCAGAUGUAACAGGAAUGGAGAAUUGGUCAGACGUAACAAAGAUGGAGAAUUGGUCAGGCGUAACAAAGAUGGAGGAUUGGUCAGGCGUAACAAAGAUGGAGGAUUGGUCAGGCGUAACAAAGAUGGAGGAUUGGUCGGGAAGGAAUAAGCAGGAACCUCUGGUGAUGUAUCAUAAUUCCCUUGGGUUCCAACCCCAAACUCCGGACAAAGAGAAGAAGAAAAAUCCGCUAUGUAUCCAUAAAGUUUCAUCUUGCAUAGGCACAGUACAAUACCAAGACAGAAAUCACAAAUCAACAACAAGCAAAUCGUGGAUUUCGGGGACAGACGAAGAAAAUGUCCAAUGUAGAGUGUCAUCAGGUCACCAUGACGACAAAUCAAUCCAGAUCCGGGACAUGUUUCCCUCUCUGUCUAGAGAAGCUGUUUAUGAUGUCAUGUCUAGACACUCGGGGGAUAUUGCAAGCUGUGUGGAGGAACUGUUGCAGACACAGGAGAUCGACUAAGAGUAAAGGAUGUUACAGUGGGUUUUUGUCUAAAACUGAUGGUAACCAUUUUCAAACACACACACAAACCUUCACCCCACCCCCUUCCAGAUCUUGAGGGCUAGUGUGGUAGAUUGUAGAAGCUUUUCACCAUUGUCAAUAACCUUUCAAGACAUCUGUAGAGCGAUUAGCAACUUGAUGUGAUUUUCUUGUAAAAUCUUAUUUCAUGUGUUAGGAAAUUCCUGCUUACAAUUCUGUAUGGAACCUUUGACCUAGAAUUUGAUGAAUUAGAUACCUUUAGUAAAUGUGAUAUAAAAGAGUGAUUUGACAUUGGAAUUAACUUGACUUAUGAGAUAAUUCUCUAGUUCAUAUUGCUGUUAGCGAGAACGGACUUUAUCAUCAAACUAUGAACCAUAGGAAUGUUGUGAACAAUAUAAAGAUAAAAAUUUCAACAGCAGGAUAUCUCAAUCUUGAACUUUGAUGAGAUUGAUACAUUGUACACGCUACAUUGUAUCUGCAAACCAGAAUUCCAUAUUCCAUUGCAAGUACAGGUCACAGACAUUGUCUGACAGAUGUACAAGUACUAAAUCAUUUGUCUACAAAGGGGUGGGGGGGGGACGGGACUAAAUCUAGUCUCUUUUGUCGGCAUGUAGGCGAUUUUCUGCUGAUCAUAGUCACGAUCUUGUUUAUAUGUAAAUGUCCAUUUAUAGAUUUCUUGUUCAUUUCAAAUUGCUUGUGUGUAUGCUGUAUUGAAUUGUUCUUGUGUGUAUGCUUUAUUGAAUUGUUUGUUAGUGUUAGAGAAUGUAACUGAUUGAAAGUUUACCUCUGUGAGAGGUGCAAGAAGUGGCCAAAAUAGAACAAUUAUGACAUCACCAAUAUUAAAAUGAACAAAGGAAAUAGGAGAAACAAACAGUUUCACACAUCUUUUAGAUUUUAGCUUCUUUAUUAUCAUUCUUCCUUUUAUGCACUACUAACAGAAUAUUCUUUUUUUUUGUUUUUUUUGGUCCGGUGAUAUUGUCUGACAUGUUCUGGCAUUAAAGCUGGAUUGAAGAAGUUUCAUGCAGGAAUAGGACAUGAAAAAGGGGGUAUUAAUCCCAUUUGUCUAGUUUACAUUGUUUAGACAAUUUGUAGUCAGCCAAGUAGGAUCUAAUGAUUUUUUUCUCAAUAGCUUGUCUUGCAGACAAGUGAAGUUAGUUCAUGGUACAUAUAGCUGUGUCGGCUGUUGGUAUGAAUAAUCAGAACAGAGACAGGCAGCAGGCACCUAUUUCUUCAGUUAUACUUGCCUGCAAAGUUUAAUUUAUUGGCUGCCCCCCCCCCCCCCCCCC